AAAGUGGUAAAAUUGCAGAGAGUGCAGACUCGUUCUCCCCUCCUCUCCCCCGAAAAGCUUUCGAUUUUCUCUGAUUUUUUGAAAGCUUUCUCUCUCUCUCGCUCUUUCUCUCUCAAGCGUCUUAUCGAACAGGUUUUGUACAAAACGAAUUUCAACAAAAUUUAUUUUUUGACGUUCCGGUGAUUCCCGCCGGAGAAAGUCUAAAUAACCGCCGGGGAAAUAUUAGUGUGCGUGGAUACCGAGAGCACGCCACGAAACGGUUGCCUUUUGUUUCCUUUUUAGAUUUUGUCCGUAGUUUUAUGUGUGUAGAGUAACGGGAUGGUUGGGCGCCGCAGUUUCCACCGUUUGACGGAUCGAAGACGGUCACAGCUCCAAAGGGGUGUUAUUUGACGCUGCAAAGGAUAUAAGAAAGGAAGGAUAGAGAGAUACGUAAAGAGAGAUAAGUAGCUACAUAGGGAUAUUCGUAUUUAAAAUAUUGAUAUUGCUAGAUGGGGAGAGUGGUGUUGGGGGUGGCGGUCGGCGUGGCAGUGGCAGCCUGUGCGGUGGCGGCUGUGAUGGUGGGAAAGAGGGUUCGGAGCGGGAACAAGUGGAGGCGAGUGGUGGGAUUGUUGAGGGAGUUGGAGGAGGCAUGUGAGACCACAGUCGGGAGGCUGAGGCAAGUUGUAGAUGCCAUGGCUGUGGAGAUGCACGCUGGUUUAGCUUCGGAGGGAGGCUCCAAGCUCAAAAUGUUGCUCACUUUUGUCGAUAAUCUCCCUACUGGAUGUGAGAAGGGAACGUAUUAUGCUCUAGACCUUGGAGGUACCAAUUUUAGGGUCUUGCGAGUUCAGUUAGGAGGUGAAAACUCAUCUAUUGUUGAUCAAGAUGUGCAGCGACAACGCAUUCCCCAACAUCUGAUGACUGGCACAAGUGAGGAUCUUUUUGAUUUUAUAGCUUUAUCAUUACUGCAAUUCAUUGAAAGGAAAGAAAAUGGUUCUGAACAGUCUAAACAAAUGAGAGAGCUUGGAUUUACAUUCUCAUUUCCCAUGAAACAAACAUCUGUUUCAUCAGGGAUUCUAAUCAAAUGGACAAAAGGGUUUGCAAUUGAAAACAUGGUUGGACAAGAGGUAGCUGGUUGUUUACAACAAGCAUUGGCCAGGAGAGGUUUAAAUAUGCGGGUCACUGCACUGGUGAAUGAUACUGUUGGAACAUUAGCUCUUGGACAUUAUUAUGAUGCAGACACUGUUGCUGCAGUGAUUAUCGGAACAGGUACUAAUGCCUGUUAUUUGGAGCGUAUAGAUGCUAUAAUAAAGUGUCAGGGACAUCUUACAACUUCCGGAGGCAUGGUUGUGAACAUGGAAUGGGGAAAUUUUUGGUCAUCUCAUUUGCCAAGAACUUCUUAUGAUAUUGAAUUGGAUGCUGGGAGUCCAAAUCCAAAUGAUCAGGGGUUCGAGAAAAUGAUAUCAGGCAUGUAUCUGGGUGACUUUGUUAGAAGAGUAAUCCUAAAGAUGUCACAGGAGACGGAUGUUUUUGGGCCCAUUUCUUCUAAAUUAUUGGAGCCCUUUACCUUAAGCACACCAUCAGUGGCUGCAAUGCAUGAGGAUGACUCUCCUGAAUUGACAGAAGUAGAAAGAAUAUUGAAGCAUGAUCUUGAGAUUCAAGAUGUUUCCCUGAAGGUACGCAAGCUUGUUCUGAAAAUAUGCGAUGUGGUAACACGUAGAGCAGCUAGAUUGGCAGCUGCUGGUAUUGUUGGGAUCUUGAAAAAGAUUGGCCGGGAUGGUAGUGGUGGCAUAGCUGGUGGAAGAAGAAGCGAUAUUAAUAUCAGGAGAACAGUCGUGGCAAUUGAGGGGAGUUUGUAUGCAGAAUAUGCAAUGUUUAGAGAGUAUUUGCAUGAAGCAUUGAAUGAAAUAUUAGGAGAAGACAUUGCUCAACACGUUGUUCUUAGACUCACAGAAGACGGACCAGGGAUCGGAGCAGCUCUCCUAGCUGCCUCACAGUCAACCCUAAGGGUGGAUAGCGUACAGCAGUCCUAAUCAUAUAUUUAUAUAUAUAUAUAUAUAUAUACACAUAGCCCCUGUAAAUUUUGAAUUCUCUUCAAUAUCUUUUAUAUAUACAUAAGAAAAAGGGUUUGUUCUUUACAUCUUUUCAAAGUUGUCCUCAAGUGUAUGGUCUCAUUUUUUCUCCCCCUCCAAAGAUCAUUGUAAAUUGAUGCUGGCAAUGUGAACAUGC